AUGGCGAGUGGAGAGGAGGCCAGAAGACGCCCCUCGGUUACCUCCUCCUCGGUCGGCCUUGAGUCUCUGUUCGCUGCCGGGACUUCGGAGCAGAUCUGCGGGGACGCGAGCCCGGAGCUGGUCUUCCUGCGGGAGAGACUCCAGGGCUGGCUCCAGCAGUACGAGCCCAUCCUGCUAUGGGUGCAGCGGCUGCUGGUGUGGGAGAGGCCGCUGUGCAGCAUCUGUGUCGCCCUCACACUCAACACAUUGUUCUGGCUGCUGUCAUCCACCUCCCUGCGGCCUCUGUUCCUGCUGAGUGUGUCCCUGCUGGGACUCGUGCUGCUGGAGAGAUGGAAGCCCAAGAUGCCCAUCAUCACCAUUCAACAUGCAGAGCCUCCCCCUGUAAGCCACACGAUGAGUGUGGAGCAGCACCUGCUCAGUGUCCCUGAGCUCAGCCACCACCUGGCUGAGGGCUUCCUGACCUACCGUCUGUACCUGCAGGAGACGCUGCAGUACAAACGGCAGAACCAUGGCAAGUUCUGUGGGAUGAUGUGCAGCAGCUGUUUUGUACUCGCUGUGGUUGGACAUUAUGUACCUGGAAUCAUGAUCUCCUAUAUUAUUGUACUGAGCGUGCUGUUAUGGCCGCUGGUGGUGUACCAUGAACUGAUCCAGAGGAUGUACACGGGCCUGGAGCCGAUCUUCAUGAAACUGGACUACAGCAUGAAGGGAGAAACCGAGCACCGCAAGCACGACAAGAGGAAGGUGAAGAAGGAGGGCGAGGAAGGGGACGAGCCGAGAGCUGAGACGGAGAGUGAGAGUGAGGAGGAGCUGUCCUGCUUCGCCACCACGGUGGAUGCGAAGACCACCGCUCUGGCGAUGGCCAUCACAGACUCCGAGCUGUCGGACGAGGAGGCGUCCAUCCUGGAGAGUGGGGGCUUCUCCGUGUCCAGAGCCACCACUCCUCAACUCACGGACCUCUCUGAAGAUCUGGACCAGCAGAGUGUACACAGCGACCCGGAGGAGGCCUACAUGAGGGACCUCCCUGAGUUCCCCUCAGUGGAGGAGUUCCCGUCCAUGGAGCUCCACUUCCCUCUGCGGGGCAGCGGUCAGGGAGACGGAGCCCAGGCCGGUGCUCCGCCAGAGGUGGAGCUGCUGAGCCCCAUCAGCCUCCUCAUCCAGCACCUCGCUUCUCCGCUCCACUUUGUGAACACGCACUUCAACGGCCAUGGUGUACCGCCCGGGAGCGAGGGAAGGGAGGCAGCGGGGAGACAGGCGGGAGACGGGAAGGAAGAUGCGGUUACCCAGGAUGCACAGCAGUCGUUGGAGGCACAGCAGUCGUUGGAGGCACUGAGCGAGGAGAUAGUGAGCACGGCCAUCUCCACCGUGGUGCAGAACACUCUGUCGGCCCUGCUGCGCUCCAGCGAGGACCCCUCCCUGGCUGAGUUCCUCCCCACUGAAACCCCUCCGGGCCCUCUGGAGACCCCCACCACCGAGAUCACUACAGUAGGGGCCGGCGAGGUCCUGGACGAAGCGGCGGAAAGCGGCGCCGGCGAGGACGUCCCAGACGACACACUGGUUCCCACCGAAGAAGAGGACUUUGAGCUUCUGGACCAAAGUGAACUGGAGCAGUAUGACGAGGGGCUGGACCUCACCUCUGACAGACAGGCGGGGGGUGGGGAGACCCCUCUGUCUCCUCAGCAGCCACCACAGUCAUAGCUUCCCUGUUGCCUCCCCCUCACCUCCUUCUGUUUUUGUUUUUAUUUGUACGUUAGAGCUACAUUAUCUUCACACAUACUGCUAUAUAGAAAGCAUUUAUCAAAGUUAGCCGUUUAAUACUGUCGGUCGCUGAUAGGGGGGAACAUGUUGAGAUUACAAGGGUCUGUUCAGCCUCGGUUUAAAACUGGCUUGGGUUACAAGUCAUAGAGACAUCAUUAUUUUCAGGGGUUGCAAUGUAUUUGAAAUCUGGAUUUGGUUCAUCUCACAUGGAAAUCUGCUUGAUUAAAAAGCAGGUACAUUUCUUCCUGUCAGAAUAAUGAUGCCUUUAUUUCCCCCCUUGGCUAAGAGCGUAACCCUUCCACCUUGUUUUCAUUCAGAUGUUAGUCAGAUGGGUCUAUGAAGAGUUGUUGGAUUAUAUAACUAAUAAUAUAUGCUAUAAAUUAUUUUAUUUAA